UUAUUUUUGAGUUAUAAUUGAUUUGGGAAACCCAUGAAAAGCUGGAGGAGCUAUUGUUAAUUAAAACUGAUUUUGGAAUUCCACAGAAAAUGUUCUUCUAUCUUGGAAUAUCUGAGACUCAAACUAUCUCAGCCAAGCCAUUUCUUGUUCGUGUCAAGAUUGGAACUUCUGACGGAGUUUAUUUUGAAGGUCCUAACUCUGCCCUCUGUGAUCUUGAAAGUACCUCUGCUUAGAUAAAUUGGACAGAGGAGACAAUACUGUAUCUGGAUCUUCAGGCUGUGAAGAUUUGAAUUUGCCAAUGAGUGUUCUUAUCAUUGAAGCGUUCUAUGGAGGCUCCCACAAACAGCUGGUAGAUCUGCUCCUGGAAGAGUUACCAGACUGUGUCCUCUACACCCUUCCUGCCAAGAAAUGGCAUUGGAGAGCAAGGACAUCAGCUUUAUACUUCUCUCAGAAUGUUCCCAUCAGUGAACAUUACAGGAUCCUUUUUGCAAGCUCAGUGCUUAACCUGACGGAACUGGUUGCCCUUCGGCCUGACCUUGGAAAAUUGAGAAAGAUUCUGUAUUUCCAUGAGAACCAAUUGGUAUACCCUGUCAAGAAAUGUAAGGAGAGGGAUUUCCAGUAUGGAUACAACCAGAUUCUUUCAUGCCUCGUGGCUGAUGUGGUGGUGUUCAACUCAGUGUUUAAUAUGGAGUCAUUUCUGAAUUCCAUUGGAAGAUUUAUGAAGCUGAUUCCUGACCACAGACCCAGGGAUCUGGAAGGCAUCAUUAGGCCCAAGUGCCAGGUUAUUUACUUUCCCAUCAGGUUUCCUGAUGUGAGCAGAUUCAUGCCCAAGCACAAAAGAGCCCAUCUGCAGAAGAUGCUCAGCCUUAAAGAAAAUGGUGAUACUCCUCCAUCCAUGGGCCCUCGUUUCCAGAGAGAGCCAAGAGAGUCUGGGAAUACACAGAAGAAUGUAAAAUCACAGGAUGAUGUACAGCCUGGCCUGCAGGUUGCACAAGAGGAAAUGCUAGGUAACUCAUUGGUGCAGGAGACAGGCUUGGCAAAGUCCAACUCAUCAGCUACUUCAAGCUCUCAUCUUGGAGAAACUAUGCGAAAUCUGACUCUUACUCCCUGUCGCAUUUUGGGUGAAGUUGAUAACCAACAAAGACCAUUGCACAUUGUCUGGCCUCAUAGGUGGGAGCACGAUAAAGAUCCAGAGAGUUUUUUUAAAGUAUUAAUGCAUCUUAAGGAUUUAGAACUGAAUUUCCACGUUUCUGUCCUUGGAGAAACAUACACAGAUGUCCCAGAUAUAUUUUCAGAGGCCAAAAAGGCACUGGGAUCUUCCGUCUUACACUGGGGCUACUUACCCAGCAAAGAGGACUAUUUCCAAGCACUGUGCAUGGCUGAUGUUGUCAUCUCAACAGCUAAGCAUGAAUUCUUUGGAGUGGCAAUGCUGGAAGCUGUGUAUUGUGGCUGUUACCCACUUUGUCCCAAAGAUUUGGUGUAUCCCGAAAUAUUUCCAGCUGAAUAUCUGUAUUCUACACCUGAACAGCUUUCCAAAAGGCUCCAGAAUUUCUGCAAGAGACCAGAUAUUGUCAGAAAACAUCUCUAUAAGGGUGAAAUGGCUCCGUUUUCCUGGGCAUCCCUGCAUGGUAAAUUCAGGUCUCUGCUUACAGCAGAACCUGGGGAAGAUUUGUGACAGAUGGGGCUAAGUCACAAACUUGCAGCCUAAGGCAGAAUCUGAAGAACUUUCCAGAGUGUGCCCAUAUUUACCUGAUCAGAGAGAAAAGAAAAUCUGCAGAGGAAGCUGAGCCUGGCUGCUUGUCAUAGCUGACACGGAGCCAUCUGCCACAAACCUGUGGCAGCUUCAGAUCUCCAAUCCCUGCCACCACCCCAACCCAAAUUAAAUACAGAUUCCUAGAGACGCUAUGAUGGUUACACAUGUCCUCGGCAUCACAUGUAGGAGACUGUUCAAAAAAAAUAUGUGGCCUGUUGUAUAACCGCACUCAUGUAUCCCAUAUGUGGUGCCACAUUGAAUUUCCGGUUGAAUCCGUUUUUAUCCUUUGUACUGGAUGACAUGGUGCCUGAAUUCUUUCUUUUUGCCGACACGAUGGCAGCCAAACUGCAGCUUCAAACACUCACACUUGGCUGGGUUUCUACCUAGGUUGCCAGGUUAUCGUCGGAGCCUUCUUGUGUCCUCAAAGGGCCACAGGGCCUGAAACGAGAUCAGAAUGCUACCAGACUAAUUGGGCAGCCAUCUCAAGAUGGUUUGUGGGCAAAGGGCUGCUUUAGCACUUUUCUUUGAGCAAAUUAAUGACUCUCCAGCACAGGGGUUUUUAAGCGAAGGUAUUAAUAAGGGGUCUGGCAGGUAUUCCCAUGAUUCACAGAGUUACAUUUGCAUUUAAUUAAUCUCACAGAAAGUUGCAAGAUAAACAGCUGUAAUUCGGACAAACAUGGCAAAUACAGUAAGAGGGGCCAUCCUGCCCAUAAAAUGAACACUGAGGUAAUUGUUUUACUUUUUUUUUCCAGGCAUAAAAAGAGAAUUCAAAAUAUUUCUAACAGUAAUUUUGACUAAACCAUCCCUCAACAGAUACCUACAACAGAUACCGUUUCCAGAUAAAUCACUUACAAUUCCGAAAGUCAGGCUGCUCUAUUUGGUGAUGUGAAGAUGUUUUGAAUGUCUACAUUGUGAAAUAAAUUUUUAAUAAACUGCCCACUGCAAACUUUAA